AUGGACAUCAAGGCUCCCAGACCGGUCAUGGCCUUUGAUGUCAAAGACAGAACAACUCACAAAUUCAUCCUGGUCCAGCUUUUUGUCAUAAUAACAUUCGCCUUUCACACAACAACUCUUCUGUAUCUACCCAAAGUCAAAGAACGACUAAUACCAUCUCAUCCUCGGCUUUCAAUCACAUCACCGGCCGUUAUCGAUCAAGCCAACAACACGUCAGCGUUUCCCACGGUUAUCUCUUUGAGUGAAACACAAAACAAUGUUCAUUCCGCUGCCUUGAUAUGUGGUGACGUCUGGCUAGCUCUGAGUCUCAUGGCUGGAACUGAUGCCUUCUGGGUCGUGGCAACCUUUAACCACACCCUCAUGAAGAACUGGCACUAUUUUGUCAGUAUGCGAAUGAUGGCAUUAGCAUCUAUUCUAUCGUUCUGCCUGUACAUACCCUCGAAUUGGGGUGACAAGACUACUCGACUUCAGGAUUACUCCUUCGCCUUAUCUUUGUCCUGUCUCACAUAUUUCUUGUUCAACUACACGCUAUCACGAGCACAUCGACGUCCACCGACUACUCUUAUCAAUGCUCAGUUCGGAACACUCCAACAGUACAGCGAUAAAAUGCGUCGUUUCUCAUUCGGAUGGAGCCGUGCAUUACAAGUCUCUGCGAUCAUUUGUUCGUUUCCGACUGUUCUCACUGCAAUUAUACCUGCAGGAUGGGUAACUGUCAUCCCAUUGCUGACUAUACCAUUCGAGUCAAUUCUACUGGCUUCAAAAAAGCUGGGAAGGAGUCCAGAGUUCAUACUGAGCGGCGGUGUCUUCAUCCACGCAGUAUGCUUCACGCAUUGGGGUCUUUCACAAGUCACUUCAAGUCCACGACUUGUCCUCCCCUCAUGGGCGUUUCUAGCGCUUGUAGUGGCAGGACGACUCAUUCUGGACUUGCAUCUACAAUCUUCAUCACUCAAGUACCAGGAGUUUCUGUGGGUGAGGAAAGAGGUUCUUAUUUCAACAAAGACUCUUUUGGGUAUUUGUGCGUUUUGUCUACUGGCAGAGCAGGUUGGGGUACUUGUAGUAUCAUACUGCAAGUUAUUCAUUAUACCUGUGUUUUACUCAAUUAGUUUAUUGGGUGUCGCGACGCCUGCAGCAUAUAGCAUCGUCACAAAAAAGGUGAAACAAUAA